AUGAAGAGCGCGCGCUGCACUUCCUGCACAUGUGCGAAUCCGUCCGCGUUCUGGGGUUGGAAGCGCUCGUUGGGAGUGUUUUUCUUCUACCGGGUCACCUGGCUGCGCUUUUCUGGGCCUAUUGCCAAGCCAGCAAGGGCGAAGCGCUUGUCUGGGCCUUCACCCUACCCCAAUCUCCCGCUUUCCAUCACCCCGCCCCAUUCUCCCGCUUUCCAUCACCCCGCCCCAUUCUCCCGCUUUCCAUCACCCCGCCCCAUUCUCCCGCUUUCCAUCACCCCGCCCCAUUCUCCCGCUUUCCAUCACCCCGCCCCAUUCUCCCUCCUUCCAUCACCCCGCCCCAUUCUCCCGCUUUCCAUCACCCCGCCCCAUUCUCCCGCUUUCCAUCACAACGCCCCAUUCUCCCGCUUUCCAUCACCCCUCCGCAUUCUCCCGCUUUCCAUCACCCCGCCCCAUUCUCUCGCUUUCCAUCACCCCGCCCCAUUCUCCCGCUUUCCAUCACCCCGCCCCAUUCUCCCGCUUUCCAUCACCCCGCCCCAUUAUCCCGCAUUCCAUCACCCCGCCCCAUUCUCCCGCUUUCCAUCACCUCGCCCCAUUCUCCCGCUUUCCAUCACCCCGCCCCAUUCUCCCGCUUUCCAUCACCCUGCCCCAAUCUCCCGCUUUCCAUCACCCCGCCCCAUUCUCCCGCUUUCCAUCACCCCGCCCCAUUCUCCCGCUUUCCAUCACCCCGCCCCAUUCACCCGCUUUCCAUCACCCCGCCCCAUUCUCCCGCUUUCCAUCACCCCGCCCCAUUCUCCCGCUUUCCAUCACCCCGCCCCAUUCUCCCCCUUUCCAUCACCCCGCCCCAUUCUCCCGCUUUCCAUCACCCCGCCCCAUUCUCCCGCUUUCCAUCACCGCGCCCCAUUCUCCCGCUUUCCAUCACCCCGCCCCAUUCUCCCGCUUUCCAUCACCUCGCCUCAUUCUCCCGCUUUCCAUCACCCCGCCCCAUUCUCCCUCCUUCCAUCACCCCGUCCCAUUCUCCCUCCUUCCAUAACCCCGCCCCAUUCUCCCUCCUUCCAUCACCCCGCCCCAUUCUCCCGCUUUCCAUCACCCCGGCCCAUUCUCCCUCCUUUCCAUCACCCCGCCCCAUUCUCCCGCUUUCCAUCACCCCGCCCCAUUCUCCCGCUUUCCAUCACCCCGCCCCAUUCUCCCGCUUUCCAUCACCCCGCCCCAUUCUCCCGCUUUCCAUCACCCCGCCCCAUUCUCCCGCUUUCCAUCACCCCGCCCCAUUCCCCCGCUUUCCAUCACCCCGCCCCAUUCUCCCGCUUUCCAUCACCCGCCCCAUUCUCCCGCUUUCCAUCACCCUGCCCCAAUCUCCCGCUUUCCAUCACCCUGCCCCAAUCUCCCGCUUUCCAUCACCCCGCCCCAUUCUCCCGCUUUCCAUCACCCCGCCCCAUUCUCCCGCUUUCCUUCACCCCGCCCCAUUCUCCCGCUUUCCAUCACCCCGCCCCAUUCACCCGCUUUCCAUCACCCCGCCCCAUUCUCCCGCUUUCCAUCACCCCGCCCCAUUCUCCCGCUUUCCAUCACCCCGCCCCAUUCUCCCCCUUUCCAUCACCCCGCCCCAUUCUCCCGCUUUCCAUCACCCCGCCCCAUUCUCCCCGUUUCCAUCACCCCGCCCCAUUCUCCCGCUUUCCAUCACCCCGCCCCAUUCUCCCGCUUUCCAUCACCCCGCCCCAUUCUCCCCCUUUCCAUCACCCCGCCCCAUUCUCCCGCUUUCCAUCACCCCGCCCCAUUCUCCCGCUUUCCAUCGACCCGCCCAAUUCUCCCGCUUUCCAUGACCCCGCCCCAUUCUCCCGCUUUCCAUCGCCCCGCCCCAUUCUCCCGCUUUCCAUCGCCCCGCCCCAUUCUCCCGCUUUCCAUCACCCCGCCCCAUUCUCCCCCUUUCCAUCACCCCGCCCCAUUCUCCCGCUUUCCAUCACCCCGCCCCAUUCUCCCGCUUUCCAUCACCCCGCCCCAUUCUCCCGCUUUCCAUCACCCCGCUCCAUUCUCCCACUUACCAUCACCCCGCUCCAUUCUCCCGCUUUCCAUGACCCCGCCCCAUUCUCCCGCUUUCCAUCGCCCCGCCUCAUUCUCAUGCUUUCCAUCACCCCGCCCUAUUCUCCCGCUUUCCAUCACCCCGCCCCAUUCUCCCGCUUUCCAUCACCCCGCCCCAUUCUCCCGCUUUCCAUCACCCCGCCCCGUUCUCUCGCUUUCCAUCACCCCGCCCCAUUCUCCCCCUUUCCAUCACCCCGCCCCAUUCUCCCGCUUUCCAUCACCCCACACCAUUCUCCCGCAUUCCAUCACCCUGCCCUAUUCUCCUGCUUUCCAUCACCCCGCCCCAUUCUCCCGCUUUCCAUCACCCCGCCCCAUUCUCCCGCUUUCCAUCACCCCGCCCCAUUCUCCCGCUUUCCAUCACCCCGCCCCAUUCUCCCGCUUUCCAUCACCCCGCCCCAUUCUCCCGCUUUCCAUCACCCCGCCCCAUUCUCCCGCUUUCCAUCACCCCGCCCCAUUCUCCCGCUUUCCAUCACCUCGCCCCAUUCUCCCUCCUUCCAUCACCCCGCUUCAUUCUCCCUCCUUCCAUCACCCCGCCCCAUUCUCCCUCCUUCCAUCACCCCGCCCCAUUCUCCCGCUUUCCAUCACCCCGCCCCAUUCUCCCGCUCUCCAUCACCCCGCCCCAUUCUCCCGCUCUCCAUCACCCCGCCCCAUUCUCCUGCUUUCCAUCACCCCGCCCCAUUCUCCCGCUUUCCAUCACCCCGCCCCAUUCUCCCGCUUUCCAUCACCCCGCCCCAUUCUCCCCCUUUCCAUCACCCCGCCCCAUUCUCCCGCUUUCCAUCACCCCGCCCCAUUCUCCCGCUUUCCAUCACCCCGCCCCAUUCUCCCGCUUUCCAUCACCCCGCCCCAUUCUCCCGCUUUCCAUCACCCCGCCUCAUUCUCCCGCCUUCCAUGACCCCGCCUCAUUCUCUCGCUUUCCAUGACCCCGCCCCAUUCUCCCUCCUUCCAUCACCCCGUCCCAUUCUCUCUCCUUCCAUCACCCCGCCCCAUUCUCCCUCCUUCCAUCACCCCGCCCCAUUCUCCCGCUUUCCAUCACCCCGCCCCAUUCUCCCGCUUUCCAUCACCCCGCCCCAUUCUCCCGCUUCCCAUCACCCCGCCCCAUUCUCCUGCUUUCCAUCACCCCGCCCCAUUCUCCCGCUUUCCAUCACCCCGCCCCAUUCUCCCGCUUUCCAUCACCCCGCCCCAUUCUCCCGCUUUCCAUCACCCCGCCCCAUUCUCCCGCUUUCCAUCGCCCCGCCCCAUUCUCCCGCUUUCCAUCGCCCCGCCCCAUUCUCCCGCUUUCCAUCACCCCGCCCCAUUCUCCCGCUUUCCAUCACCCCUCCCCAUUCUCCCCCUUUCCAUCACCCCGCCCCAUUCUUCCGCUUUCCAUCAUCCCGCCCCAUUCUCCCGCUUUCCAUCACCCCGCCCCAUUCUCCCGCUUUCCAUCACCCUGCCCCAUUCUCCCGCUUUUCAUCACCCUGCCCCAUUCUCCCUCCUUCCAUCACCCCGUCCCAUUCUCCCUCCUUCCAUCACCCCGCCCCAUUCUCCCGCUUUCCAUCACCCCGCCCCAUUCUCCCGCUUUCCAUCACCCCGUCCCAUUCUCCCGCUUUCCAUCACCCCGCCCCAUUCUCCCGCUUUCCAUCACCCCGCCCCAUUCUCCCGCUUUCCAUCACCCCGCCCCAUUCUCCCGCUUUCCAUCACCUCGCCCCAUUCUCCCGCUUUCCAUCACCCCGCCCCAUUCUCCCGCUUUCCAUCACCCCGCCCCAUUCUCCCGCUUUCCAUCACCCCGCCCCAUUCUCCCGCUUUCCAUCACCCCGCCCCAUUCUCCCGCUUUCCAUCGACCCGCCCAAUUCUCCCGCUUUCCAUGACCCCGCCCCAUUCUCCCGCUUUCCAUCGCCCCGCCCCAUUCUCCCGCUUUCCAUCGCCCCGCCCCAUUCUCCCGCUUUCCAUCACCCCGCCCCAUUCUCCCCCUUUCCAUCACCCCGCCCCAUUCUCCCGCUUUCCAUCACCCCGCCCCAUUCUCCCGCUUUCCAUCACCCCGCCCCAUUCUCCCGCUUUCCAUCACCCCGCUCCAUUCUCCCACUUACCAUCACCCCGCUCCAUUCUCCCGCUUUCCAUGACCCCGCCCCAUUCUCCCGCUUUCCAUCGCCCCGCCUCAUUCUCAUGCUUUCCAUCACCCCGCCCUAUUCUCCCGCUUUCCAUCACCCCGCCCCAUUCUCCCGCUUUCCAUCACCCCGCCCCAUUCUCCCGCUUUCCAUCACCCCGCCCCAAUCUCCCGCUUUCCAUCAACCCGCCCCAUUCUCCCGCUUUCCAUCACGCCGCCCCAUUCUCCCUCCUUCCAUCACCCCUCCUCAUUCUCCCGCUUUCCAUCACCGCGCCCCAUUCUCCCGCUUUCCAUCACCCCGGCGCAUUAUCCCGCUUUCCAUCUCCCCGCCCCAUUCUCCCGCUUUCCAUCACCUUGCCCCAUUCUCCCGCUUUCUAUCACCCCGCCCCAUUCUCCAGCCUUCCAUCACCGCGCCCCAUUAUCACGCUUUCCAUCACCCCGCCCCAUUCUCCCGCUUUCCAUCACCCCGCCCCAUUUUCCCUCCUUCCAUCACCCCGCCCCAUUAUCCCGCUUUCCAUCACCCCGCCCCAUUCUCCCGCUUUCCAUCACCCCGCUCCAUUCUCCCGCUUUCCAUCACCCCGCUCCAUUCUCCCGCUUUCCAUCACCCCGCUCCAUUCUCCCGCUUUCUACUCGCCUACUCGCCUACUCGCCUACUCGCCUACUCGCCUACUCGCCUACUGGCCUACUGGCCUACUGGCCUACUCGCCGACUCGCCUACUCGCCUACUCGCCUACUCGCCUACUCGCCUAUUCGCCUACUCGCCUAUUCGCCUAUUCGCCUAUUCGCCUAUUCGCCUAUUCGCCUAUUCGCCUACAAGCCUACUGGCCUACUGGCCUACUAGCCUACUGGCCUACUGGCCUACUGGCCUACUUGCCUACUGGCCUACUGGCCUACUGGCCUACUGGCCUACUGGCCUACUGGCCUAUUGGCCUAUUGGCCUAUUGGCCUAUUGGCCUAUUGGCCUUCGCCAAAUCCCCUAUUCGCCUAUUGGCCUACUGGCCUAG